CACUAACUGUGCUUAUGUUGUAUGUAAAUUGAACCACCUAGUAAACAAACUCGGUGUGUAUUCAUUAUGGAGCAGCAAAUAUUUUAAUUUUCAUUUUUCUAUUGAUCAAGUAUUGGAACUAUAGUUAAUAAUGAAUAACCACUCAUCAGAACCUGUUAUUAACUCUUACAAACAUGUGAGAAGUAGUGGGUAUUUGACGCCGAAAUAUCGAUAUCGAAACCCGCCAACAACGAUGUCCUGGUUGGAAGAUGACAUCGAUCUCAACGAUAUAGAAGGAAAGGAUCGAUCAAAAAGUCCCGAGCCACAACUUGAUGAUUUUAUCCAAAAGGUUUUGCAAACCAAGAGAAAUUUGAUUACUCGAACAAAAGAAAAGGCAUAUAAAAGCGCCCUCUACCUAGCAACAAACAUUGUAGAAGUAGCUUUUGAAAAUGAAUGGCUAUAUCCAAUGUACAUCCGCAACACAGAGAGAGAAGCUGAUCUCUGUGAUUUCAGAGCGGCAGAUAAAAAUGUUUAUGUUGGACUGGUUCCUCUUAGAAAACCUAUCAGAAUGAACGCAUUCAUGGUAGCCUACAAAUCCCCGGGGGAUUUGCCUUCACAUCGAAUGCUGGUUCAGAUAAACAAGAAAACCACAAAAGAAGAACGAUUAAACAUCGUUAAUGAAUGGGGACAUUGUCUCGACGCAAAUGGAAUUUUACGACCUGACUUUGUGCUUCACUGGUUCAACAGAGGGUUGAUAAAAGCUUGUGAAAAACUUGAAGUGGAAAACAAAAGAACACAGAAACUUGCCUUCCUGGAAACCAGUUUGGCUGAGGAUGGUACCGUUUGGGUGCAUAUCAUUGGUUUUGAUCCUCAAGAGAAUUACAAAAUUAAUCUGGUUCCCUGUUUUUCUCUAACAGAAGUCCCGAAACAGUUAUAUAUAAAUGCACCAAUCCCAAGCAGACGACCUUAUAAUGACGAACAAUCAAAAUUCCUUCAGGAUGUGCAUAAUGGAAUAAAAGAAGGUGAAGAGAUUUUGUUUUUGGAAGCAAGACUAGAAAAAUGGUCCAGAGGGAUGAGAUGUAGUCCAACCAUUGAAAUAAGCUGGGGAGUACAUAUUGGGCAACUGGAAGAUAGAUCGUUUGGUUUCUUAAAUACUUUGAAACCAAAAAGACUAUUUGAAGAUAUAAUCGUGCUAAUAAAUGCGAUAAAAGAAGAACACGUCGUUUGCCUCCAUGCAGUGACAAAUCGAGUCAUAAACCAUGCUGUAUUUUUUCAGUACCGAAAAAAUCUUGGGAAGUUACAACAAAAGCAGGAUUGGUUUUUAGCCGUGCUGAAAACAAUACAGACACAACUAAAUCUUAAUAUGUUCCCAAAUUUCUUUUUACAAAAACAAAACAUUUUUAUGGAAAGCGAUCCUCAAAUAUUAAAGUUUAACAAGGACGAAAUUAAACGUUUGAUUACUUGCAUAAAAAAUAACCCCGAAUCUUUACUAUCUUAUUCCGGAUGUGAGGAAGCCAAAACUGAUACUGACGAUUGUGAAAAGGAUGAUGAUGAGAAAGAAAGCAGUAGUGAGAAAAAUGGAGUUCAUUUUUCAGACUGAAAAAAAAACAGUUGAAUAUGUCUCAGACUGAAAAAAAAACAGUUGAAUACGUCUGAGACUGAAUAUGUUUAACCAAGGGAAAAGUUUUGACUGGAGGUAGUCAACAAAUAACAAGUAACAUAUUUAUAUGAAAACGCAGUGAUAUGCGUGAUUUUACGCAAUGGAUGCCGCUUUUGAACUGAGAGGUUACAACAAAACUUAUGAGCAAUAGAAGUUAUGAAAAUAGCGCGACGAAUGUCUUAUGUGUUUGCAAACACCUUCCACAAGUAGUAUCAUAAAAGUGCAAUGAUUUCAGUUGAAGCAGAAUUGUAGCCUCACAUUUUUCUAUUUGUAUAAUUUCGUAUUUUAUUUGACUUUGACAGCUUUAUAUCAGUCUGUUUAGAGAACUAUAUUCAAAUUUGAUUUUCAAUAUAGAACGUAUCUUUGAA